UUAAGGAAGAACAACAUUCUUUACUAUCGCAACUACACUGAACACUACAAAUGAGCAGCAUUUUGGACAACCAAAAUGUAUCACACUUGUUUACCUUCUGACCAUCACGUGACUAUUGAAAGCAUGGCAGGUGUUAUUGUGGUUCUGCUAACAGUGUCUAUAUCUCUUGCCUAUGCUGCUUUACCACCUUUUCCACCACAAGGGGCUCAUUCAUUUGGCAUCAACAUACAUUACCGAGGUCAUCCACCCGCAGGAGCAUUGCAGAUGCUGAGAGAAACUGGUGUUCAUUGGAUUAGAAUGGACUUUGCAUGGGAUGUUAUAGAGACCACAAAAGGACAAUUUAAUUUUUCUCUAUAUGAUGAGCUGUCUGCUGAUCUUGCAGAAUACAACUUGUCAGCAAUUUACAUUCUUGAUUACGGCAAUCCACUGUAUGAUGGUGGGUUACCUCCACACAGUGACAAAGGAAGAAUUGCAUUUUCUAACUUUGCUGCAGCUGCUGUGAAGCACUUUUCUCGUGGCCCCAUCAAUAUUUUGUGGGAGAUGUGGAACGAGCCAAAUGGAGGAUUCUGGAAACCAACUGCUAAUGUGACUCAGUACAUUCAGCUUGCAGUUGAUGUGGGAAAGGCAGUCAAGAAUGCUGAUCGUAGUGCAUCAUAUGUGGGUCCAGCAACUGCAGGAAUGGACUGGAUUUUUUUAAAGGCAUGUUUUGAAGCUGGUCUGCUUGACUAUUGGGAUGCAGUCACAGUUCAUCCUUAUAGAAAUAAUCCACCUGAAGAUGCUACCGCAGACUUACAGAUGCUUCAUGAAAUGAUUCACAACUACACUAAUAGAUCAGUUUUAGCUAUCUCUAGUGAGUGGGGUUACUCAGCACGAUAUCCUCAUUAUGAUGUCACUCGUCAGUCGAAAGUCUUGCCUCGCAUGUGGCUCAACAACAUGCUCAAUAACAUGUCAUUGUCUAUUUGGUAUGAUUGGGUCAAUGAUGGCACUAACCAGACAUACACAGAACAUCAUUUUGGAACAGUAUAUAACACCUACUAUGCUGGAAGGAACCCGGUGUUUGAACCCAAGCCAACCUACCUUGCAGCUCAGACGUUUAACAAGAUUCUUGACGGUUGUACAGUGAAGCAUGUGUUUAACACAGCACGUGACUACUUACACGUCGUCCAAUUUUAUUGUUCAUCUGCGUCAGAAGGACCUGUUGUUGUGUGGUGUAGUGAUGAUUCUCAGAUUCCUUGUCUCAUUCAUGUACAACUGGCUACAUCAGUGAUCUGCUACAGUCAGGUUAAUUACGUUGGCCAAAAUCUUCCUCAGCUUUGUACAGACAAACAAGGUCUUCUCAUUGUUGCCACAGACAAUGCACCACUCUAUCUUGUGCCUAGCCACUGAGUGAUUAAUUUUUGAACUGAUCGGGUUAAUUGUUGGGUUUUUUCGGUGAUUUGCAUCUUAUGCAGUUUACUUGCUGGACAUAGCUAAUUGAUCCUAGCUGAGGUAUUGCAUUGGUUGCACUGGAUUUUGAAAUUACAGGGUGCUAAAUCUUUUGUGUGGUAAGUAUUAUUGGUCUGAGCACUUUGCACACUGCAUGUGUGCCGAUUUUAUGUGGUCACUUAUUUAGCAAUACCGUUUUUAGGAUUGCAGGAUUGGAAGAAUUGUAACAAAUUAGUUUUGAACAGAAUUGAUAAUUUAUU